CCUAUAUAUACAAAUUUACAUUGCUAUAUAUAUAGCUGUCUCUAUAGAUAAAAACUGUGAAAGAGUGUUGGAGUGUGUAUUAUUAGCUUAAAAGGGAAGAGAUGAAGAGUAGAUUGGGAAGGGAUGUGUUAAGUGAUCAACAAGUUGCUGAGUUUCAAGAAGCUUUCUGCCUCUUAGAUGGGGAUGGAGAUGGGUGUAUAACAAUAAGCGAACUAGCAAACGCGAUUAAGACAUUGAUAAAAAACCCGACAAGGGAAGAGCUUCAAUUUAUGAUACGUGAAGUGGAUGUCAACGGCAAUGGAACUAUCGAGUUUGGAGAGUUCUUGAACCUCAUGGCAAGGAAACUUAAGGAAGCCGAGGCUGAAGAAGAACUAAAGGAAGCAUUCAAACUGUUUGACAAGGAUCAAGAUGGUUACAUCUCGACUAUCGAGUUAAAGCAUGGGAUGGUGAGUCUUGGGGAGAGAAUCACAGACGAAGAAGUGGAGCAGAUGGUGAGGGAGGCUGACAUGGAUGGAGAUGGCCACAUCAGUUACGAGGAAUUUGUCAAGAUGAUGCUGGCUGCCUAAUUAAUACACAUAUGUAUACCCUUUUGAUGCCGUAUAUAUAUACAUAUAUACAUGAGCGGAUUUAGAGAAAAUUAUGUGAGGGGGCAACCACUUCAUAAACGUAAAUUUACGGAGAAAAUUUUUA